AUGAGCAAAGUGAAGGCUGGGGGACACAGUGAAGGCUGGGGACACAGUGAAGGCUGGGAAGCUAAUAAUGGGGGAGCAAAGCACAGAGCAAAGAAAAUGCCAGACACAGUAGCUGGGGAGCACAGCAAAGGCUGGGGAGCACAGUCCCCUCCACCUGUCUCCCAGCCCCACUUUGCUCCCAGCCUCACCAGCUCCCACAGCCCACCAGGCUCCCCAGCCUCACUUUGCCUCGCUCAGCCUCUCACUGUGCUCCCAGCCUCACCAGCUCCACAGCCUUCACUGUCCACAGCCCCACUGUCCCCAGCCUCCCACUGUGCCCACCAGCCCGCAGCCUCACUGUGCCCCCAGCCCCACUGCCCCAGCCCACACCAGUCCCAGCCCACCAGGCCUUGCCCCACUGUCCAGCUCUCACUGUGCCCCAGCCCCACUGUGCUCCCAGCCCCACUGUCCCCCAGCCUCACCAGGCUCCCAGCCUCACUGCUCCCCCAGCCCACUGCCUCACCUUUACUGCCCCAGCCUCACUGUGCUCCCCAGCCCACACUCAGUUCCCAGCCUUCACUGUGCUCCAGCCUACUGUGCUCCCCAGCCUCACCAGGCUCCCCAGCCCCACUGUGCUCCCCAGCACUCACUGUGUCUCCCCAGCCUCACUGUGCUCCCAGCCUUUACUGCUCCCAGCCUCACUUUGCCCCCCAGCCUUCACUGUGCUCCCAGCCUCCACCAGCUUCCCAGCCAUCAGCCUCCCCAGCCUUCACUGUGCCCCCAGCCUUCACUUUGCCUGGAGCCUUCACUGUGCUCCCAGCCUUCACUGCCCACUCACCAGCGCCUUUACUGUGCUCCCAGGCUUUUCUUUGCUCCCAGCCUUCAUACAGGCUCUCUAGCCUUUUACCACCCACCAGGCUCCCCAGCCUGUCUCCCCAGCCUUUACACUCCCCAGCCUCACUGUGCUUCCUAGCCUUUACUGUUCUCUGCAGCCUCUGCUGUGCUCCCCAGCCUUCACCUCUGUGCUCCCCAGCCUUCACUGUGCUCCUAGCCUUCACUGUGCUCCAGCCUUCAUCGCCUAUCCACUGUGCUCCCGGCUCACUAGGCUCCCUAGGCCUUUACUGUGCUCCCCAGCCUUCACUGCGCUCCCCAGCCCACACUGCUCCCCAGCCCACACCAGGCCCCAGCCUCACCAGCUCCCAGCCUUUGCUCCCAGCCUUCACUGCUCCCCAGCCUUCACUGUGUUCCCCAGCCUCCACUCUUUGCUCCCAGCCUCACUGUGCUCCCCAGCCUCACCUUCGCAUCCCCAGCCUCACUGUGGUCCCAUCUCACUUGCCUCAUCCUUUACUGUGCUCCCCAGCUUUCACCUUUGCUCCCCAGCCUUCACUUUGCUCCCUAGCCUUCACUUUGCUCCCCAGCCUUUCACUUUGCUCCCUGACUCCCAGCUUCACUUUGCUCUCCAGCCUCACUUUGCUCCCCCACCUCUCACUGUGCUUCUAG